AUGGUCGCACAUAAAUACCCCGCGAUACCCCAGGAAUUGCCAUCACCCUACCGCGAAAUCGGCGAGUCACCCAUCCGCCCUUUGAAGCGGUUGCCGGAAUUCGUUGCUUGGUGGGGAUUGCCAGAGGAGGAGUGGCAAGACCUGGAUAUUCCGUUUUCGACGUGGUUGGAAGCCCCAGCUGCCGACGAAGGGCAGGUCCCUUCGAAGGCAGAAGAGCCUCCAAAGUCUCGCAAGGCCGGUCUCCAGCGAGCUUUGGCGAUCGGCAGGAAGCGCGGAAUGGAGAUUUUCCGACGAAGGAGUGAGUCGAAGCAAGAUAGCGCGUAG